CGUCCCUCUCUUUUCUCUCUCCAACUUCUUUGCUAAUUCUGAGAAAGAGAGAGAAAGAGAAUCUCAGCUCGAGCUUGAGCUGGACGCCGAUCGGCGGUUGCCGGAAAGCACGGCGGCCCUGCCAAUCCCCUCCGGCCAACCCCUCCCCCUCCUCCGCCGCGCCUCCGCCUUCAACCGCGCGCCGCCGCCGCCGCCGACGCAGUAAAGACUCGAUCUAGAACCAUGGAUCUGGCGCCGGAGGAGCUGCAGUUCCUCACCAUCUCCGACGUGCUCCGGGAGUCGGUGGCGAUCCCGAAGCGGUCGCCGAAGACCUUCUACCUCAUCACGCUGUCCCUCAUCUUCCCGCUCUCCUUCGCCAUCCUGGCCCACUCCCUCUUCACCCACCCGCUCGUCGCCCGCCUCCAGGACCCGGCCGGCGACGACCCGGCCCGGACCCGACGCGAGUGGGCCGCCCUCUUCGCCUUCCAGUUCGGGUACCUCCUCUUCCUCUUCGCCUUCUCCCUCCUCUCCACCGCCGCCGUCGUCUUCACCGUCGCCUCCCUCUACACCGCCAAGCCCGUCUCCUUCGCCUCCACCCUCGCCGCCAUCCCCAAGGUGUUCAAGCGCCUCUUCGUGACGUUCCUCUGGGUCACCCUCCUCAUGGUCGUCUACAACCUCGUCUUCGCCGCCUUCGUCGUGCUCCUCGUGAUCGCCAUCGACACCCGGAGCGCCGCCCUCGGGCUGUUCUCGCUCUUCGUGAUCUUCGUGAUCUUCCUGCUCUUCCUGGUGGUCCACGUCUACAUCACCGCGCUGUGGCACAUGGCGAGCGUGGUGUCCGUGCUCGAGCCCAUCCUCGGGUUCGCCGCGAUGAAGAAGAGCUACGAGCUGCUGAAGGGGAGGACCCUGAUGGCCGCCGUCUUGGUCUUCGUGUAUCUGGUGAUCUGCUGGUUGAUUAAUGGGGUCUUCGCUGGGGUGGUGGUGCACGGCGGGGACAGCCACGGGGUUUUCGGGCGGAUCGUGGUGGGCGGGUUCUUGGUCGGGGUGCUGGUGAUUGUCAACUUGGUCGGGUUGUUGGUGCAGAGCGUGUUUUACUACGUCUGCAAGAGUUAUCAUCACCAGGGGAUUGAUAAGACGGCUCUUCAUGAUCAUCUUGGUGGGUAUCUCGGCGAGUACGUGCCGCUCAAGAGCAGCAUUCAGAUGGAGGAUAUAUGAUCGGGCGGUGAUGUUGGAUGGAUUUGUAAGUUCUACUUUGGUGCUCUUGGAAUGGAUGUAAGACCAUCCUGGUGGAUUGUAAGUGGUGUUGUUAAAUAAUGGUAAUAAUAGCGGAAAGUCCUGGUCUGAUACUGGCUACCACUUUAUCUUUGUUCCUUUCUUGUUUUACGUAGGUAGUGUUAGGUUCAAUCCGAGAAUCUGAGUUGUCUUACUGAUGAGAACAUUUAUACCACGAUGUUAGCGGUUAAAGGAAAUUGCAUAGUGUAAUGUCCGUUUUCUGUACUUUCCUGUGAUGUCUGUUAGUUUAAUAUGGUGUUCUGAGUCUGUUAUCUGUUAUGUUUAAUGCUACAUAUCUGCCUUUUCCUGCUACCCAAGCAGCUUGUAAAUUGGUGAAAACAGUUAUGGUUAUCUACCACAUGACUCAAAUUAACGUUA